AUGGUACUUGAUGCACUUGAGCAACAAGUAUCUAAGAAACGAGGAAAAGAUGUUCGAAUUGCUGAUAUGUUUGAUAUGGUUGCUGGUACUUCGACAGGCUCUAUUAUUUCUUUGGGGCUCACGGUGUCAGAUGACGAAAACCCUGGUCGUCCAAUGUAUCGGGCAUCUGAUUUGGUAAAAUUUUAUAAAGAAGACGGAAAGAAGAUUUUUAGCUCGAUUUUCCGUUGGCGUCGGGUUACAAUAAAGGCGGAUGAGCCAGAUGAGACGGAACAAGGACCCGCAAUUGAUAUAUUUAAUUCCACAUAUUGGAAGAAUCAUACAAAAGUAAAUGAGCCGCCUAACGACUUAGAAGGGCCUCUUCAUCCUUCAUAUUCUCCUAAAUCACUUGAAGAAUUAUUAAGUGAUAAGUUUGGAGAUAAAUUACUUAAUGAUAUUGUAAGUAAUGUAGAUGUGCUAGUUCCAGCGUAUAACAUAACUGAGAAAACAGAAGCGUAUUUCACCAACGACGACGAUACAAAUUCUUAUAAAAUAUGUGAUGUGAUUAGAGCUAGUACCGCUGCGCCUACUUAUUUUCCGGCAAAACAAAUUGAUGAUAACUACUACGUAGAUGGAGGCGUUUUUAUUAAUAAUCCAGCGUUUAAAGCUUAUUUGGAGGCAAAAAAAAAUUAUCCUCAGGCAACAAAAUUUGUAGUAUGUUCUUUAGGAACAGGAUAUUUUCAAGCGGACUUAGAGAAUCUGGCAGACAGUGGAUGGCUCGGUUGGUUAAGUCCAUUACUUUCUCUUAUGAUGAAUGGAUCAAGUAAACUUACAGAAAAUUAUUUAGAAAGUCUUGUAACUGAACAAGAUUUUCAUUAUUAUCGCCUUCAAAGUGAUUUACCGGAAGAUAUUCCUUUGGAUGACACAAGAAAGAAGGCGCUUAAAGAACUCGAAAAGGUUGCUAAUGGGAUCAUUAACAGUACUGACUUUGUAAAUCUGGUCGAGGAGAUUGUUGAGAAUCAGGAACUAAAGGAUCAAUAA